CAUUUGUUUUGAUUAAUUGAAUCAAAAUUUACGAGUUCUAUUCUUCUGAAUAAGAAAAUUCUAAAAAAUUUAUAUUGCCAAUAUUUUUCUCAUUUGAAAAAAGAAAAUUUGUACAAAUUCCAUUCCGUUAACUAUACAAAUUACUAAAAUGGUUUGCGUACCGUGCUUUAUCAUUCCUGUGCUGCUAUAUAUUUGGCACAAAUUUAUACAGCCAAUAGUACUACCAUUUAUACAGCGCUAUUGGAAUCCUUGGGAGAAGAAGGAUGCUCAGGGCAAUGUAAUUAAAAAUGCACCUGAAUUUCCAUUCGAAUGCAAAGGCGGUAGCUGUCCCUUUACUGGUUCUAAAAACAAAACUUUAACUAAUGACGGAAGUGCAGAGUCAGCUGUUAUGAAGGACGCUAUCGACUCGAGCACCAGUGGGCCAGAUGCAAAGAAAGAGAACUGAAAUUACAUUAGUGCAAUUAGCAUAUACUUAAGUAUAUGCAUUACAAAUUUUACAAUAAUGACUAAUAAAAAAUGCAUAGACUUAGUGCUGGGCGUGUGGAAGGCAACUAUAUAAAUAUUAUAGAAUCACAAGCGGACGGACAUUAGUAAAUUUUUGUGCAAAGUAAAUCUGUUUGUUUUGCACUUUAUAUAACUGUUUUUGCAAAGCUAAAAAUUUUAAAUGUAAAUAAAACCGAUAAAUGAAGUUAAAAAAA